AUGAAUCAAGAUCCAGAUGAAAAGGAUAUGAUAGGAGAUCUUUUGGAUGACAGUUUUGAAAAUGUGGGCAAGAUCAAAAAAACAUAUUCUUCAAAUAGACCUCCUGCACUCCAAAUUAAUCAGAAUUACAAUUAAUCUCCCAUAUAUUGUCCUAAAGUAUAUUCUCCUCAAGUGCAACAAAAACAAAAUUCCUAUGAUUUAGAUUUACGACUCACCAAAGUUCCAGUCUAAUAGAGUGCUCCUAAUUCAGCAUCAAGACCUAAAUCCUAUGAAAGCGAGGCAUAAUUUAAUGCAGCUGAUGAAAUUUCUUUAGAUGGAGAUUUAAUAUCCAAAUGCAAGGAUUAGAAUGGGGCUAGAUGCAUUCAAAAAGCCUUUUAAGAAAGUUCUCAGGCCAUCAAGGAAUAAAUCUUUAAUAAACUUGAAAAAGGGCUUUUAUCUCUCUCAAAAGAUGUCUUUGGAAAUUAUGUUAUUUAAAAUCUUCUUGAAUUUGGAACUCCAUUCCAAUAGUAAAAAAUACUGAUCUUUUUGUAACCACACUCUUCAUAAUUAGCAUUUCAUCCGUAUGGAUGUAGAGUGCUACAAAGAUUACUUUAAAAUGCCUACAAUACUCCUGAUUUCUCAAGUUUAUUUGAUACCUUUAAAACAAGAGUACGAGAGCUAGUAAUUGAUCAACAUGGAAAUCAUGUUGUUUAGAAAUUGAUCUAAUUAAUGGAGAGUGAUAUUAGUUUAUGGGUCUUAGACGGGAUUGAGGGAUAAGUUAAUAAGCUUGUGAUUAAUUCUUUUGGUUGUAGAAUUAUCUAAAAAGCUGUUUCAAUAUCUAACAAUCAUCUAGAAAGAUAAAUGAAAAUUUUAAUUGAAAUAAUGAACUUAUCUUAUGAACUUUGCAUUUCUCAAUAUGGAAAUUACAUUAUUUAAUAGCUAUUGAAGGAUGGUCCAUUAGUAAUCAAAAACCAAAUUUAAUAAAUCAUUAUGGAAAAACUAGAAGAGUAUAGUCUGAAUAAAUUUGGAAGCAAUGUAGUUGAUUGCGCUAUCAAAUGCUCUAAUAAUUAAUUUAAACUAAAAAUUAUGGACCUAUUACUAAAUUAAAAAAAUUAAUAAGUUUUAUUUGUCCGAUUAUCCACUAAUGCCUAUGGAAAUUACGUGGUUCAAAAUUUUUUAAAAUUUUCCGAUUCAGAAAUCCAAAAAGAAUUAUAUUAUAAAAUUACUAAUAACUAAUAACUCUUAUAGGAAAUACAAUAAUAUAAAUUUGGCCAGUUUGUUUACUAAAUGCUAACUCAAAAAUUAGAAUUAGAAUCAUUUAAGUUAUGA